UGCUUGUAAAUGUCAGUAUAAACAAUUUAUUAUUAUUUUGUUUAACACAUUUUUUUGUUUUCGCAUUUUAAUUGACAAACCAUGGAAAUCGACGAAAAUAAAUUAGGUAAAUUAUCAGAAGAGUCUCUAAAGCGUAAGGAACGUUUGCGGCAAUUGCGAGAGAAAGCGAAUAAAACUGAUAAAGACACAAACAGCGAAGGAGCAGAGAAACUCCCUAGGCCCGUUUUCAGAAGUUAUAAACCUCAAAAUAAAAAUACUGAAGGUGAAAUUUUAGAACAAGAACCAUCUGGUGACAUUGAGAAAGCUGUGGAAGAUCAACUCGAACUUUUGCGACAACCCAUGGUUAUUGACGAAAUUGAUAUAGCAAAUUUAGCGCCUAGAAAACCUGACUGGGAUUUAAAACGUGAUGUGGCAAAAAAAUUAGAACGGUUGGAACGGCGAACUCAAAAAGCAAUUGCAGAGUUAAUAAGAGAACGAUUGAAGAAAAACCAGUCCGACCAAGAAUUCUUUCAAGCGGUUAAUGUUGGCACAGCGCACGCUGGUGAGACCGUUGUGGGCGACGAUGACUAGUUAGUAUUUCAAAUAUAAAUUUUGUUUUUUUUUAUUUAUUAUAUAAAAUUUCAUCAAAUAACAGAACUUGUAUAAAAUUA